GUAAAACAGUAGUUUCAACUUCCUCGCCUUUAAGAAAGGAACUAGACGAAUCACGGUUAACUUCAGAAUAACGAGGAUAAAAAAAUUUCUUUACCAAGUGAUAGAAUGGCGGACAUGAAGAAAGAAACUGAGCCCGUAGCUAAAAAGCUACCGGCAGUACCAGAGUCGGUACUCAAGAGGAGGAAAACCCGCGAAGCAGUUAGAGCUGCGCGUCUUCAAAUUUCUAUUAAACAACGUGCGAAUCGUUACAAGAAAAGGAAGGAAAUUUUCAAAAGGGCGGAAAAAUAUGUUAAAGAAUACAGAACGAAGGAGAGGGAUGAAAUCAGAUUAAGAAGACAAGCUAAGAAUCGUGGAAAUUACUACAUUCCUGGAGAAGCUCGUCUAGCGUUUGUUAUUCGUAUUCGGGGUGUGAAUCAAGUUGCUCCGAAAGUACGCAAAGUACUUCAAUUAUUCCGCCUGAAGCAGAUCAAUAAUGGUGUAUUCGUGAAACUGAACAAGGCAACGAUUAACAUGCUUCGUAUUGUUGAGCCUUACAUCACAUGGGGAUAUCCAAACCUAAAGUCAGUUCGUGAAUUGAUUUACAAGAGAGGAUUUGCUAAAAUAAAUAGGCAACGUAUUCCUAUCACGAGCAAUGCUAUCAUCGAAAAGAAACUUGGCCGUUCCGGUAUUAUCUGCACGGAAGACUUGAUCCAUGAAAUAUUCACGGUUGGAUCAAAAUUCAAGUAUGCGAGUAACUUCUUAUGGCCAUUCAAGCUUAACACACCCAAUGGUGGGUGGCGCAAGAAGACUAACCACUACGUUGAGGGUGGUGAUUUUGGAAACCGUGAAGAUAAAAUUAAUGAACUUCUCAGGAGAAUGGUUUAAAUUUAUAAAAAAAUGAAAAAUAAAAGUUACCUACAACCUAUUAUUUUAUGUUAAA